AAGCUGUAAUCUAAAGGCAGUAUGUGAGCGAGGAUAUCCACAUCCAUAACGGUGUUCACGAAGAAAACUCACCCUAUAUCUUCUCUAUUCUACUUUUAGUUUGAUCUGCUAUCAACGUUACGCUGCUUCACAAUGGGAUAACUUUUAGUUUCCAUACAGAGCAAAAGAGGUUUGGUUUGGACAUGAAAACAAAAACACACUUACCUCUUCAUCUUUUGUUUGCACUUAUAUUUCUUGCAACAGCAUUCCCUCAUUCCUCCCCACUCCUAUUCCCUGAUGCACUCACCGAUCCGCAAGGGUCAUGUGUGCUGAAGUUCAACACAAGCCAAUAUAUGGCAAUGGAUGAGUGCGUAGAAGUGAAUGAGUAUAUUUACUCGUGGGGUGAGGACGGGUUCCCGACCACAUUGUGCUGUCGAAAUGCUCUCACGGUUGUGUCCAAUGCGUUGGCCACACGAGCACUGAGCUCGGGAGGACAAGUGUUCCUUCCCCAAAAUCAAUGGCAGCCUUGUUUGCAGUCAUUUCAACCGCAACCAGGGAUGUCACUUGAUUCAUGUGGCUUUGACAACUUGUACCAAGGAAGUUCCAUAUGCUCCAACUUCAUUUUGCAGGAUGUUAGGACCCUGCAACAGUACCAAGACGCAUUGAGCCGGUGCUCCCACUUCAACCAACCUUUUGGUCAAUCUUGUGCAGAAUGUACCAGUGGAAUAUCGAACGUGAGAGAUGCUUUGUAUUCUCAAGUUGAAAAACACAACAACGAGAUUGACAGAGCCAUAUGUGGGGUAGCAGCUAUUGUUGCUCUUGCAGCUGCCAGACCAAAUGAUCCUCUCGUUGACAAAUUUUUACUAUGCUUGCCAUCUUCAGCUUCAGGAUCAGACAAAAGAGGAUCUCUGUGGAAAGCCUUGCUGAGUGUGCCAGUAGUUGUGAUUGUAAUAUUGAUUGUGGUUAUUAUGGUGAAAUGUUUGUCCAAGAAGAAGGGUGGUAAACCGGUUGACUUGCAAGACAUCACUGCAUGGUCUGGAUUGUACUGGUUCUGCAAAGCGGAAAUUGAGAAUGCCAUGAACUACGGUGGUCGAAAGAUAAGCCUUGGACGUGGAAGCGCAGGGCAUGUAUAUAGAGGCGUUCUACCCAGUGGUCAAAUCGUGGCCAUCAAGCAUUUAACAAGGAGUAAUACCUCUGAGUCUUUCACUCGAGAAGUUGAAGGCCUUUCAAGGCUUCGCCAUCCAAACUUGGUUUGCCUCUUUGGCUGCUGCAUUGAAGGGGAUGAGAGAUAUUUAGUCUAUGAAUUUUGUGCAAAUGGGAAUCUUGCUCAACAUCUCUUACGAAGAGAUAGUCACUUGACCUGGGAAACAAGAGUGAGAAUUUUGAGAGAUUGUUCGUUUGCACUCAAGUACCUCCACCAUCAUAUGGAAGGCUGUGUUGUCCAUAGAGAUAUAAAGCUUACGAACAUUCUUUUGACUGAGAAAUACCAAGCGAAACUGUCAGAUUUUGGACUGUCAAAGGUGAUGGGAAUCAAAGAGAGCAAGGUUUUUACCGAUGUAAGAGGAACCAUAGGCUACAUGGAUCCAGAAUACAUGAGUAAUGCCAAGCUAACGUGUGCCAGUGAUGUGUACAGUUUUGGUAUUGUUGCUUUGCAAAUAUUGUCUGGACAGAAAGUCAUAGAGUUGGAUCUUGAUGCCAGAGACCAGCUCACAAGGAAGGCAAGAGAUGUGAGUAUGGGAAAGCGUCCAUUGUCUGAUUUUGAAGACCCACGGCUAAAAGGAAAGGUUGAUAAGGCAGACUUUGAAGCCAUCCUACAAAUUGCAGUGUUGUGUGUUGCCAAAUCAAGCAAAGGCCGACCAACCAUUGAGGUUGUUUUUGAUGAAUUGGACAAGGUCUGCAUGGACACAGAAACCAAGAUGAAGGUAAAGAAGGAUGAGAGUUCAUCAUCAAACUCCACUCCCAGCUCCAAAUCCUCCAAAUCAGCUCCUCUUUGACAUAAAAGGUAUUGUGUUGUGUUGUGUUGUUGUUCUAUUAGUCUGUGAGAUAAAACAUGAAAAUGUAGUGUAAAUGGAAUUAGAAAAAGAAGAUAUAUUACAAGUGAUACUGUUUUCAGCAUCUUAGGAUGGUACAAAAUUGGGAUCUCUUCCAUUCACAGUGUGUUCUGCUGAACUACUGAUCCAACAAAAUGAUUCAUUUGGUGGGAAGAGAAUCAAAUCUAUUGAGCAAUCAUCCAGAUCUUAGAUAUAUAAAAGGUGUUAUUAGACUUAUAGUGAUAGCGAUUCAAAUACACACUCUUCUUUUCUUUUGGCUCAAUGUAUAUUUGGAUAUUUAAUAAUGAAAGGAACAGAAUGGAAUAAACAUAAAUAAUAUUGAAUUGGAUAAUCUGUAUGACUU